UAUCUUCAAGUUCAAAAUUUGAUUACAUACCAUCAGCUGAUCGCAUUUUAUCAGAUAAAGCAACUCAUAAUGAAGAUUCCGAUGGAUAUGAUCUAUGGGACGUACCUGCAACUCCUGAACCUCUUCGUGACAUUCUUUCUGGUAAAAACAAAAAUACAGAGGACAUAUAUAAUGAAGAAAUAGAAUAUUCAGAUGAUGCACAUGAAAAUGAUCACGAUCCAUGGACUAUGUGGAAUGAGCCUGAUGCUAUAGAUUCUAUUGUAAAUUUAUCGGAAUCAAAAAAAUCUUCAGAGAAAAAAAAUGCAAAAAAAUCGCCUACAAGUGCUAAUACUUUACAGCCAGUAGCUGAAUUAUUUUCAGGAAUGUCUGUUUCUUCCGAAACUACUUACACACAAAAUUCUGUAUUACCACCAACAAAGCCAAAUACUGAUUAUCCGAAUGAAAGUAAACAGAAAGUAGAAAUGAAGAAUUAUGAUGAUGAUUAUUGGAAAUCGCAAUUUCCACAAUCACAGUCUAAUGAAUCACAUUCUUCAUAUGAUUAUAGACCUGAUUAUUCUCAUGAUUAUAAAAAAAAUGAUGAUCGAAAACAAAAUCUUGUAAUAAAUGCUUCAGUACCAUUAUCUUCAUCUAGUGAAUCUUUUGAUAUUUCUCCUGCUACUCCACAAUUUAAUAUAAAGCGACAAGAUUCAAUUGGAUCUUCACGUGAAGCAAUGACGAAUUCCACAUAUCCAUUAUAUUCUUCACCUUAUAAUCAACACUCAUCACAUAAUUCUCUCUCACAACAUGGAAUGUAUAGUUCUAGAGCAUCUGAUUAUUCAUCCUUACAACAAUCACAAUCUGUUGGUCCAUCUCAAACUAUAAAUUCAAGCUCAGCAAAUCGGUGCUCAAAUGAUGAUAUGAAUUCUCAAAGAAUAUUUAAAACUGAAUCAAUUGAUGAUCAACAAUUAACACAAUGGACUGGUUCAUUAAUUAAAGGUCAAUCAGCUCAAUAUAUUGGACGAGUUAUAGUUAAACCUAUGAAAGAAAGAUGUGAUAAUAUUGAUUAUCU